UUAUUUUUUUUUUCUCUUUUUCUAUUGAUUUUCUAAAGAAUCUACUUCAUAAUUGAUAAAUUGAGCUCUCAAGGUAUUGUGUGGUGACUUCAUCUGCUCCCAAGUUUUCAUCAGUACAAAAAUGACUAUUGAAACAUUUGAAAACAUUCCAAAGGAGCGCGAACAAAUUGCUGACAAGAGAGCCCCUUUGCUACCAAGAAAUCGAGAUGAAGUAACCCAGGUCAAUAAAAUUGGAAGAGCUUCUUUCCAUGGAUCUGUGUUUAACUUGACAUGCACCAUGAGCUUGCCUGCAACCUUGAAAAUUGUGGGGGUAGUUCCUGGAGUUGUCCUGAUUGUCCUUGCUGCACUCUUGACUCAGGCAUCAAUUGAGAUGUUGUUGAGAUUUAACAAACCAGGAUCAGCAUAUUCCUAUGAGGAUGUGCUAUCAGGAUCAACUUCCAGUGGGGUUCACCAUGCUGGUGUUUUGGAAGGCUGGUUUGGAGAACAUUGGUGGACUAGUUGUGCCUUUGUUGUUCUAGUCCUAACAGCAGUUGUAUUAGUUCCCUUUAUAUGUUUCCAGCGCAUUGAUUCCUUAAGAUUCACGUCUGCUAUAUCAUUUGCAUUGGCGGUUGUGUUUCUAGCUGUUGUUAUUGGAAUCACAAUAUACAAAUUCAUAAGGGGAAGCAUAGAGGCGCCUAAAUAUUUUCCUAGUAUUACCAAUCUGUCAUCCUUUUGGGAGCUCUUCACUGCUGUACCUGUUGUUAUCUUUGCAUAUCUCUGCCACUAUAAUGUUCAUCCAAUUGCUAACGAGCUUGCUGACUCUCCUAGUAUGCCAGCAGUGGUGAAAACUUCAGUUGCUCUCUGCGCCAUUGUGUAUGUAAUGACAGGCUUAUUUGGGUUCUUCCUGUUUGGUGACUCCACUCUUUCUGACCUGUUGUCCAACUUCGACAACGAUCUAGGCCUACCAUACAACUCCCUCUUCAAUGAUAUUGUUCGAAUCAGCUAUGCAGGUCAUAUCAUGCUUGUUUUCCCCAUUAUUUUCUUCCCUCUGCGCCUCAAUGUGGAUGGCCUCCUUUUUCCCUCAGCUACACCUUUGUCUUCAGACAACUUAAGGUUUGUACUGGUCACUGUUGGGCUCAUUGCCAUUAUUCUGCUAGGUGCAAUAUUCAUUCCCAGCAUAUGGGUAGCGUUUGAGUUCACUGGAGCAACUGUUGGAGCUUUACUUGCCUUCAUCUUUCCAGCUUGCAUUACUCUCAAGGACCCUCAUGGUAUAGCAACGAAGAAGGAUAAGAUUUAAUCAGUCUUCAUGAUCAUUGUUGCAGUAUUCUCAAAUGUGGCAGCCAUAUACAGUGAUGCAUACUCUUUGUUGACAGCAUGA